GCGUUGUGCAGGUAGUGGAGAGGUUGGCGCAAGUGGAGGACUGGGAGGCGAAGCUGCAGCGUCAUGAGGCAUUUUGUUCAGAUAUCCGAGAGUUUCGGAAUCGCCUUGAGGCUGCAAUUUGUUUGUUUUCAACAGCAGCACAGCAGCAGCAGCAGCAACAGCAGCACAGCAACAGCAGCAGCAGCAGCAGCAGCAACAGCAGCAGCAGCAGCAGCAGCAACAGCAGCAGCAGCAGCAACAGUUUUGUUGUGUGUGUUUUGCGUCUGUGCGAGCCUGAGGUGCAGCAGGAGUUGGUGCAGCUGCUGACGGAAGCAGAACAUCCUUUGGGGUGUAUCGACAGCAAAACAAUUUUAUCUUUCUUUGCUGCAGAAGUUUUCACUGCAGAAAUACCUGAAAUACACAGCGCAUUUCUCUCGUGGGAGGAGACAGCAGCAGCAAGAGACAAAUUCUGGAGCCUGCUGCAGCACGAACCGCCGACAUGCGUCUACCUGAAGCAGCGAGGAGAUGUGGAGGAGCUUUUAUCUCAUUUGUAUCUAGCCCUGAUUCGCCCCCAGUUUGGGGGAGGCAUUGCUGUCUUCGAAAUGAAUGGCAUUGUAUCAAGGCUCCUUGGACUUCUGAGGGGCCCCACUUCUGCUGCUGCUGCUCCUGCUGCUGCUGCUGCUGCUGCUGCUGGAGUGGGCGAAGCAGCCGCUACAGAAGGGGGAAAUCCUGCAGCAGAAGCAGCAGCAACAGCAGCAGCAGCAGCAGCAAAGGAGGAGGAAGCCAUGAGGCUGGAGUAUGCAGCAAUUUGCUCUGAUCUGCAUACACCCGUCUCGAUUGUCUUAAGGGAUUUGUUAUGCCAGCGGAACUCCGUCUAUUGUUUUGCUCUCCUUUUGCGGCAGUUUUGCUGCAGUUGUCUUUGCUGCUCUCUGUCCGUCUUCAACGAACUUAUUUGCUGCGUCUGCACUCGCAAGUCCUGCAGCAGCAGCAACACCAGCAACACCAGCAGCAGCAGCAGCAGCAGCAGCAGAUCCCCCAGCGGCGGCAGCACCAGCCCAGUUGGGGUCUCCCCUUUCAAUGUAGACGAGCAGCAGCAACAGCAGCAGCAGCAGCAGCAGCAGAUGCUGCUGCUGCAGACAUUGCAACAAAAUGAAGCACUAUUUGAGGGAAAUGCCUCUAACCAGCAGCAGCAGCAACAGGAGCAGCAACAGCAGCAGGAGCAGGAGCAGCAGCAGCAGCAGCAGGCAUGCGUUAAGCGGGAGGGAGGGGCCUAUAGCUUUAAACGCACCAACACAUUUCAGGUGUACAGACAGCCUGAAGUAAUAUUUGAUGCUUCUGAAGAAGGAGAAGAAGGAGAAGAACAAAAAAAUAGAGUUAAAGCAGCCGAUGUCUUCAGGUGUAUAGACACCUCAAACAGCAACCAGCAGCAAAUGCAGCAAUUCUCUUCAUCCCAGCAGCAAGAGCAGCAGCAGACUCAGAUGCAAAACAAAGAGCAGCGACAAGCGCACGACAAAGAGCAGCAGCAGCUAGAAGAGAGCAGCCAACAGCAGCAGGAGAAGCAGCAGCAAAAAGGGCAGCAGCUGCAGCAGCAGCAGCAGCAGCAGCAAGUGGACCAGGAGCUACAGCAGCACGAACAAAGGAAACAGGAGCUUCAGCGGCAGCAGCAAGAAACCCAGGAGAUGCAGCAGCAGGAACAGCAGCAGCAGCAGCAGGAACAGCAGCAGCAGAAGCAGGAACAGCAGCAGCAGCAGCAAGGGCAGCAGGAUCGGCAACAGGAGCAGCAAGAAAAGCAGGAAUUGCAGGAGCAGCAGCAGGAACGGCAGCAGCAGGAGCAGAAACAGCAGCCGCAGCAGCAGGAGGAACAGCAACAGGACCAGCAGCCGCAGCAGCUGGAACAGCAGCAGCAGCAGCAGCAGCAUCCAUCUUGCAAUGUUGUAGCAGCAGCCUCACCCUUCAGGCGACCCGACGUCAGCAGCGUGAGCAGCGAGUACAUCCGAAUGGCUGUUGCUGCACUGCAACCAUCUGCUGCGCCAGAAGCAACCCAACAGCAGCAGCAGCAGCAGCACGAACAGCAGAAGGGACAGCAGCAGCAGCAGCAGCAGCAGCAGCAGCAGGAACAGCAGGAGGAACAGCAGCAGCAAGAGUACUGUCGCAUGCGCACCGAGGAAGAGACACACGAGUACCUGCAACGGGGGCAACAGCAACUGCAGCAGCAGCAGUUGCUGCACCAGCAGCAGCAGCAGCAGCAGCAAGAGUUUGCACUCGGCAGCGGAAGCAGCAACUCUUCUUUCUACCUGCCGCUGCACAUUUCAAGCAAUUCGCAGGAGUGGCUUAAAUAUAUUAAUCAGGGAGACUUCCUCACCUUGCACUUCGUCCCCAAGAUGUGCUGCUGCAAGACCAGCCGCAGCCGCAGCAGCAGCAGCAGCAGCAGCAGCAGCAGCAGCAGCAGCAGCCGGGGCUCUAUUCAGAGCCCACCUCAGUCUCAAAUGGAAGCAGCAGCAGCAGCAGCGGCAGCAACAUCUGCAGCAGCAGCAACAGUCGCAGCAGCAGCAGCAGCAGCAGCGUUUGCUGCAGCCACAGCAGCAACAGCAACAGCAACAGCAACAACAACAGCAGCAAUAGCAACAAUAACAGCAGCAGCAAUAGCAGCAGAAGCACCAUCACCAACAGCAGCAGAAGCAGCAGCAGAAGCAGCAGCAGAAGCAGAAGCUGAAGCAGCAGCAGCAGGCGUAGUGGUAAUAUGA